AAAGCCUCUGUGACUUCCACCGGACUUUUUCUGACGCUGCGAUGACAGACAACUGUUGUGUAAGGAGCAGCGAAGGGCCGACACAGAGAAGGUGGAUGGACUUAAAGUAACCAGAAGGACUCGGAUCAUUCCCGCCUGUGAAGUCAGAGGCACGGGGAAACAUUUUUGUUGCUGUUGCGCCGUCGGAGACAAAGUUGGCGCAUGGAGAGGGACGAAGUUUCAUUUUUGCGCAACGUCUUCCACCGGUUUCCUGCGUGUUUGCGGCCACUGUGUGUCAGUCAGGGACACUCGGAGUGUGGACACUCACAAACUAAGUAACCGGAAUUCAGUUUGGAAGGAGACACAACAGUUAGACAGAGCGAGGACCAGACGAGCCUGAGGACGCGCCACCAUGGUGGACAGUAAACCCCUGCUCCAGGACAGACCCCCAGCCUACAGCACCGUCCCGGGGGCGUUUGAUUACGGCCCGCAGCAGCCACUGCCGCAGCAUCAACAGCCACAGCACAGCUAUGGUGCCAUCCCUGCCGCGGCUCCUCCACCCUACCCGUACCCUGACGUCCAAGGAUACCCAUCAGCCCAGAUGGGUCCUGCUGUAUCUCAGGAGCCCUACGCUGGAACCUACACUAUCAUCCAACCUUCUGUAGUGGUGGUUGGAGGCUGCCCCGCCUGCAGGGUUGGAGUCCUGGAGGACGACUUCACCUGCCUGGGGAUACUGUGUGCCAUCGUCUUCUUCCCCCUCGGCAUCCUCUUCUGCUUCGCACUGCGUCAGAGAAGGUGUCCCAACUGUGGCGCCACCUUUGGAUAGAGGGACCAAACAGCUCACAAACACACAUGCCAAUUUAUAACCCAGCAUUUUUUUUUGUCAAAAUCUUUCUUACUACUGCACAUAGAUGUUGCCAUUACAUCACAUGAAAAAAUGAUCAAAUUACUUUUUUUUAGUGAGUACUUCUUUAGUAUUUUCACCUCAUAGCAGCAAAGUCAGCAGGUGGAUGUAGGACCCCCGUCUGUGUCACAGAAAUACCCCCCCACUCUAUAAUGACUAUUGGGAUUGGCUGCAGCUUCUUCAGCUCCACAGUUGAUGGACGGACAGAGUCUUUGCUGAAAAUUUGGGUGAAAAUUCAAACAUCCAUUCUAGCAUUCAUGGACGUCCAGCUGCUGCCGGUGCCUUCACUUCCUGCAGAGUGAGCAUGUGAGAUUCCAUCAGUCAGGAAUUCUUGUGUGGACAUGAACACAAUCAUAACCAGGACCUGAGUGGAUCCCUUCAUGUUUAAAUAAGCUGAGGCUAACAAGGAUUUUUUUUUUCGUCUUUUAUUUGAAGUGUGCUGGCACUCUGCCGACGUGUUUCCUCUGAUUAUCAUUGUGCUUUGAUAACGUUUAGUAACAACACACAGCACGUCUGUCACGGAUAUAUUGCCUGUUUUUGUUCUUUCUUUAGCUGUCUGCUGAUUGUGACAUUAAAACACACACAGUAAAGUUAAAAUCCCUGAAAAUGACCCGUCACGUCUGACGGAGUGGACGGAGACAAACCCUCGCCUUGUCCGUUUUUGUUGAUCUUCUUUUUUGGGGCCAUAUUUUGCACUGAGCGUUUUUCUGUUUGAUGAUUCUGCUGGGUUGUGUUUUUCCAGGGCCAAUGCAGACCUCAGGUAGAAACAAUCUGGAACGCCCUCCACUUUACAACCUCAAUCACUGUUUGACUUUGGACUAACAGAGAAACUCCUGUGAGCACACAGGGACUCUGACAGUUAAGGAAACGUGAAUGAAAUGACGGAGACGUCUCUCCAUCACAUGUAUGUCUGGAUUUUUAUCUUUAUACUUUAUACACGUCACCCUGUCCUGCUCUUUUCUGCCAGACAAUCAGGAAUGUCAGUGUCCUCUCGUCCGGGUCUUCCAUCUUAGUAUGAUGAUACACAGCUGUCCGCAGCAGGAGACAAAGAGGUACAGUGCAUGUGGGGAGGGACAUUUGUAUCACAAAAACAAAAACUUUCUUUAAAAACAACAGGCAUGCUCCCGUGAUUGAGGUUCCUGCUUUUUAUAUGAGUUAUAGAAAAUAAAAAAGAAUGAAUGCUA